AUGCAUUCGAAGACUCUGACCGUUCUUUUCCUUUCUACCCUAGCUGCCGCCGCUGUUGAGGAGAGGCAGAAUGGUGACUCUGGCAGUGGAGAUGACUACUAUAAUAGCCUGAUGAGCGAGCUCAACAGCCUGGCAACUGACACCAACUACAUGGACUAUCCCACGGCCUACAGCAACCUCCUUACCGAUUCCACUGCCUACUUGCCCUCUGCCACCGGUUCUGGUUCUGGUUCUGGCUCCGGCUCCGGCUCCGGCUCCAAUGCAGGAUCCAACACCAUGCCUGGUGUGACUGCCGCUCCCAGCAUCACUGUGCCCGCCGGUGCUUCCGUCGAUACGCCUCCUCCUUCCAUCGAGUCUGUCCUUGCCACCGCCAUCCCGGCCUCCUACCUCUCACAGUUCGCCAACCCAUCUGCCGUCUCAUCCAUCGUCAGCGAGAUUCAACACGGCCACUACCCCUCCUGGUACCAGGAACUCCCCGGCAGCGUCAAGGCCUGGCUCACCAGCCACUAUGCCACCGCCAAUGCCGCCGUCGCGACUGGUGGCUCCUCUGGCUCGUCGGGAUCUGGCGGUGCUCCCCACGGUAACGCUGCUCCCAGUGGUGUGCUCGCCACUGGCCUCAUGGGUGCUGCAGCGAUCCUGGCCGUUGCGGUGAUGCUGUGA